AUGUUGGGUGCGCGAGCCAGAGCUGCCGAGUAUCAUGCUUUCAAAGCCGCUUCUGCAAGACAAGCAAGUCGUGAAGCAGAGGAGCACAAGUUACCUCCUAAGCCUGCACCGGUUUCUUUGAGCGCCUUCACCAAGAAUCCUCAGCUCAACCGCAACAAGGGUCCCAAGGCCUGGAAGCCACUGAUCUUGGAAGAUACCCCUGAAGAUGACAAUGACAGUUUCGCGGAGAACGAAGACACCGUCUCUACACCGACCCGUCAGAAACGAGCCGACUGCAGUAACUCCCUCAACCAGGAGUCUGACCUUCCUCUCGUGCCGGGUAAUCCGCAGCCGACAUGGCUCGAGGCCAACAACACCAGCUCGGCAAUCCCCACAGCGCCAAAGGCAAUGCUGAGGUUGACUUCACAGACGCCGUCGCCGCUUGUCAAUCCAACACCCCAACGCGUCCAGCCACAUGCGAUCAUCAAGCAGGUACAACAAGGCAUCAAUCCCAGUGUGAAUAGCUCCCCGAGCAAUUUCUCUGGAAUCAGUGGGUUCCAGCACCCUGGUUUGACGUGGUGGUUUGACUCACAUGGUAUGCCCGUGCUAGGUCCGGCCGCGAUGCCCACCUUCCACCCAGGCCAAUAUUACGGCAAUUUAAUGGCCCCAGACGAUAUCAGCCCUUCCAAGCAGGAGAACAAACUCGCAUCGUUGUCUCAUGAAUACACGGACGCAUCUGCCGGUUUCGUCACUCCACAUCAUCACUUCACUCCCGGCUCAGGUAUGAUCGGGAACUCGGUAGUGACCCCAGCGACAUUCGUUCACUAUGAGAACGAACUCGGUUCCAGAAACCAUUCGCAAACCUGGACCCUCGCGUCGGAUCUAGUUGAGCGCCCGGCGAUGCCACAUGUGAACUCCGACAGCGUUAUCAAUAUGGACGAAAACAUUUCUGACGCUUCUUCUCUUUUGGUACCGAACGUCAUCAGAAGUUUCUCAUACCCCAAUGCUGUUGGGGAGCCGCCCAAGCAGCGAUUAAUAACGGAGCAACCGGCGCCAGGACAGCAGACCGUCCGCCCAAUUCUUGUCCUACCAGAUGACGAACCUUACGACCGCAAGAAUAAGAUGCAGAGUUUUGUCGCAGCUCAACAGGCAUUGGCAAAGACAGGGAAAACUGUUCUGCAUAAUCCCGAUUUGCAUCGAGUAAAGUCGAGUGGACCAGCUUCGCCAGCUCGCUCUAACAGUACAACAGCAACACCGGAACUUACCUGUCGUGCCCAGACCUAUAGCCCUAGAUCCAUCAUUAUUCGAAACCCUCCUCCGGGGUUUGACUCGCAAUUGAGCUCUCUUCAACCAUUAGCACAAAUCACUAACAAGGCCUCGGCUCCCUUUGACGCCUCCACCAUGCGAGAGAUCUUUGAGGUUGGGAAUGAUGAUUGGUUCGAGCUCAGACCUGUCAGUAAGAGUCAGCGCAUGAAAAUGAAUCGAGUCAUGAGGAUGUGUGCCAGAGCACAGAGUCCAGAUGCACCACAGGGCUUUUUACAAAAUUCACAUAUUGCGAGGAAGGAGAGUCUUCAAAAUUGGAUGCGAAUUGCCAGCAGAGACAACAGAGCGGCUACAGGGACACGAAAAGUGUUCGCGCAGGUCGCUAAAGAAUGCCUUGCUAGCCAUCUGGCGAUUGGGAUCGGUGGUGAUAGUGCCUUGAGCGACCCAACGUCCGAUGUGGGGAUCGAGAGUGCUGCAAUUCGCGCAGUUGGAGACAUCAUAGCCAACUUGGCCGAGUCUACAGAGUCAUCGGAGCUGAGAGUGGACACGGACACCCUAGUAUGCAAGUACAAACCCGCACCGGACUAUGCAAUUGAGAGAGGUCAGCUUCUGAUGGGCAACAUUGGCGGCACGAGCUUUUUCGAGGAAAAAACUGGUGGUUUCUAUAGCGCCCCAAGCCGGAUUGCGCGUGAUCCUAGGUUUCGACCCGCGGGAAAAGAAGCUGUUAAGGCCAAGUCAGAGGAGGAAUGGAAACUUCGACAUGACAUGUACGGGAGAAGACGGAUGUAA